AAUACUAAAGCAAACAUAUCGAUCGUACGCAAGGAAUAAUAGAUCGACGAAGCAUGUUGUAAUAAUGCAAGCAUUCUAGACGACAGUACGUUUUUACAAGGCUUCUGCUAGCUCUAGCCCAGAACAUCGAUCUAUCGAUCAUAUUGCAUCCAGUUUGAUCGUUUCAAUUUAUGCUCGCCCUCGCACCAACAAUGGCUUAGCUAAUCCCCAUGUACUCGAUCUCCGUCGGCAAACAUCGUGAUUAAGGCUGGAGCGAGUAAUUAAAUAAUCAGGAGUGGGCUGGAGAAAUCGAUCCAUCAGGCAUCUAUAUAUCAUGGGUUAAUUAAUUACAGGGCUUGCUUCAACAUAUAUAUGUAUUCUCUGCUGUCGAUCCAUUUCUAAUUAAGGAGCGUUUAAUCAACUGAAAGAAGAUCGAUUGAGAUUAUAUGAUCGAUGAAGCUGCCCGCUUAACCGCAAUUCAACAUUAAUUGAAGAGAGCCAGGCUACGCAGAUCAACUCAACAUGCCACCAGCGGAGUGGACCAGGAUCAUAGCAGACAGCAUCGAUGAAGCAGCAGGCAGGGUAAUUGAAUUGCUGGAGGAUACAAGCGAGGGGAAUGUGAUGUAUUUCCAUGGCUGGUGUGGACUGGGGGCUUCAGCCGUCCUCAGAGCAGUCGCCAAAAGACUGACAAUGAGGCCAUCGCCAUCGCCAGGAAGAAGAAGGUGGGAGAAGAUGAUCCACGUUGAUUGCUCGGUGUGGCAGAGCAAGAGGGCCCUGCAGAAGGCCAUCGCCCAGGAGCUGCAGCUUCCUUGGUCGCUGAUGGCCUUGUUCGACCAGCACGACGAGGAGGAUGAUUUCAGUGGGGUGGAGCAGAGUGCUAGAGGGGUAAUACAAGACGUCAGCCAGGCUAUAUUGAGCAUUCUUGCCAGCCGCACAUUCCUGGUGAUCUUCCACAAUGGGAGCAAUGGCUACAUUGAUCUGCUAGAGUGUGGUGUCCCUGUAAUAACAGGAAUCUUGAACAAAACGGUGUUGUGGACCUCCCGAAGCAGCUUUCGGAUUACCGACUUGUACAUUGAUAACGUAAGCAAGGAGGAUCGGGAUAAGCUUGCUGGGCUGAGUGAUGUCGCUAUAUAUGCUGAUCCAACCGCUGACAAUGAAGAUGCUGUAAAAUUCAUAGGAAUGCUGCUGCAUGAAGAGGCAGAGGAGGUUGCCAGGUACACCGGAGUCCCUCAAUCUGCUGGCAUGAGCACCGAGCUUGUCAAGAUGUGCAUCAUGUAUCAGUUGAUGCUAAGACAACAACAUGUGGACUACACCCAGCACUGGGAUACCCACGCAGGUAACUAUUGGGUAUGUAGUGGAAUCAUACAAACCUCUUCAGACACCACUAGUAGUACAUGUUGUCAUAGCUCAUCGCCAUGGGAGAUAGCCCAAGCUCUUUAUAAUAACUUGAUCUUGGAGUUUUUGACCAUGGACAAUUACGACAGCAACCCAAUUUUUGCGGAAGAAAUACUGAGAGACCUACGACUGCCUUCUGAUUUUGUGGACGAGUCGUCCUUCUUCUGGACAUGUGAUGCUGCUGGCAAUAACAAUGUCGACGCAACUACAGCUUGUUAUAGACAGAAAUCACUGGAGGCCAAAAUGUUUCAACAUCCAUCUGCACGCAGUUUGCGUGUGAUACAUCUCUUCGAUUGUACCUUCAGUUUUGCAUCUCCACCCUUCCUCUCUUGCAGCAGCCUAAGAUUCCUCCUACUUGACCAUUGCAAAGACAAACACAACCUCGGCUCAGCACCAAAUAGUACUAGUGCUGGAGAUACUGACAAGGAAACUGGUAUUAGUAGUGGAGCAUGUUUCCAGAAGCUAUGGGUGCUUGACCUGAGUUACACAGAUUGGUAUUGGCUGCUAUCAGUAGAGGCACAAGAUCUGAUGGUUGAGCUUAGGGAGCUAAAUGUGAAGGGGGUCAAGCAUUGGAGCAUAAACCAUCUACUCCGUGAUGGUAACAAUUCUAGUGCUGGUGUCGGAAGCAGCACCAAGCCCCUUGGGCUACUCAACCUUGUCAAGCUCCAAGUCACAACCGAACCAAUAACUGAAGAUCAACAUCAGUCACAAGUAUGGAAGGAAGAUCAGGUAGCAGCAACAUUAUUCCCGAACCUAUCUAGCUGCAAAAUCGUAAAGACGAUCAUUCUUGAUGGUUGUUUUGAGUUGACGCGAAUUGACCCUCAUGACCUACCGCCAUCACUCGAGUCAUUUAGCUUCUCUAGCAGCAGCAAUGACAAUGAUGUUGAUGUCACAGCCAACAUAGAGAGCAUCUCCUUCCGAGGAUGCACCCAGUUGAAGAGUGUGCUUUUGAGAGGAGUGUUUGAGAGGCUCAAGCAACUCGACGUCUCAGGCACUUGUAUUAAAACCCUCGACCUACGUGCAAUGCGAGGCAACGGGUCUCUCAAGGAGCUAUUUCUGCUUGGAUGCAAGGAGCUUCGUGCAAUACUAUGGCCAACACAAGAUGUAUCAUUGGAGGUUCUGCACAUCGAUACUAGUAGCACAGAACUUGAUCAUGCUACAGGUGUAGUUGAAUCAUCAUCAUUCUCACCCGUUGAAUUUAAAUGGUAUAUUUCAGUGAGGGACAGAAGGCUCCUUCGCUCGCUAAAUGAUACAAAAUAUCCCUUGGAUGCACCAUGCAUCGAGAUCUCAUCCCCUCCUGCUAGUGUUGCUACUGCUACUACUGAUGGUUCUGAAUUAGGCGGAACAAUAAGCAAGAGAAGGCCCAUUGCCAUUAGCAGGGCUGAACAACGUUGGUUGAUGUCGACCAAAAGCCGACGACCAGCUGCUGACAACAAGAAGUUAUAUGCGGAUGUCGACUCCACGAUCCAGCACUUGCAACUACAAGCAACCAUGAACGGCAACUGGAUGUGGCCUUAUAAACAGGAGGGCAGCACCUCUCACUACAUUAGCUUACAAGAUGAUAAGAGGAUGCAGACGAAACCAUUGUCGUCGCCAUCUUUGCCAGGUUCCAUCUGUGAAAGAGCUUCAGGCCUGCACGUGCAUGACAGCUUGUCUAUCGCAAGUAUCACAAGCCAUUCAAAUGAGGCACGGAGAUGGUAUAACCUAAAGUGGUGCAGAGUGGAGAGAUGCCCUAACAUUGAAGGCGUUGUAUUCACUCCACCUAGUACUGGUAGUAACAUAAUUUUCUGUUACCUGAAGACAUUCUGGGCAUCCCAACUAACAAGGGCGCGCCACAUCUAGGACUGGAGCACAAGGGGCCAGCUCCAUUUUGAGCCUGCAAAAGAGUCAUUCUGGUUGAAAGUGCUACACCUAGAUUGCUGCCCCAGGUUGAUAUAUGUGCUUCCCUUAUAUGACAACAGACCUUCCUAUGCAUACUGUGUGUUGGAAACCCUUGAGAUCGUGUGUUGUGGUGACCUCAAGGAUGUCUUCCGAGUGUAUGAUAAUAAUCAAGAGCUUCUGGUGGCAACUAAAGAAUUCUCAGAGCUGAAGCACAUCCACCUGCACGAGCUGCCCUCUCUGCAACGCAUCUGCGGGCAUAGGAUUGUGGCGCCCAAGCUCGAGACCAUCAAAAUCCGAGGCUGCUGGAGCCUCACCCGCCUACCGGCUGUUGGUCUUGACAGUACCCGCAAGCCCAAGGUGGAUUGCGAGAAGGAAUGGUGGGAUGGCCUGCAGUGGGACGGGUUGGAGAAGGGACACCAUCCUUCCCUCUAUGAGCUCACCCACUCACGCUACUACAAGAAGAAACUGCCCAGAGGCUCCAUGCUCAGGUGAUCGAUAUAUACGUCCAUACACUACAUAUUUGAUACAGUAAUCAUCUACGUGUCAUUCCCUUUCCAUCAUCCAAUGGCUCAAAAUCUUCAGAUCGAUCUAUCUCUAUUAUAUAUGUCCUUACUUGGGCUGGUGUUCAAUGUGCUCGCUCAUUUCAUCGUAUCAUUUGCAACGGCAGCAAUAUCUAAUGCAUGAUGAGUAAGUACAUCUCCGGCCGGCAUCCAGACGCUCGUCAUCUGCUUGUUACUAGCUUGGAUUCUGUUCAUUCCUGCUUCUUGGUUUUUGUGUGAAAUUUUUUUAAAAAAAUGGAUGCUCAACUGGUGUGUGAGCUCUGCAUCUAUGUGCUCAGUUAUUUUCUCCAUACAUGCUUGCUUUCCAUUUGGCCGGUUGGUCGAUCUGAUUGUUCGACCGAUCCAUCCAUCAGAGUACGUACUUUGUACGCAUCAUCUUAAUUUCUAGAUAGAUGAUCACACAUGCAUAUGAAAACUUUGAUCUCUAGCACCGUUUCUGGUGUGGUGUGCUAAUUAGAGAUCGACGAAUAAAUCAUCAGCUUCAGAGGCAUGAGAAGAUCCAUUGGGUGAUACUCAUGCAGUCGAGUUGUUGUUGUGCACUUGUUUGUGGGUGUGUGUGUGUUCGUGUGAUUUGUCAGCAUAUAUGGACUGACCUAAGUUUGUACUCCUAAUUACUUCACUUGUAUGAAUGGAAGCAAUGAUGCUAAGGAUUGUGAGUGUGACAUUGUCUAUGCAGCAAACAUAUAUACCUGUUGCUCUGUUAUUUGGAA